GCUUUCUAACGUUUAAAUUAGAUUUUAGUUCGCUAUGGGCCAAGCAGCAGACCCGGCCCAUCCUAGUUCCGUUGACGGCGAAGAUGAAGACCUACGCCGGGGAAGAGUGUGACCGGGUUUGCAGUGCCACCGAAGCACCCCGCAUUUGUUAUUUCAAGUGGAUUGCCGAGAGUUACGCAGCAAUGGGAUCGGCCUGCAAAGAAUGCCGAUGGGGCAACCAUUCCGACUGCUUCCACCCGCAGUGCAUCACCGCCGACGGCAUGGAACGGAGCGUGGUGACGCUGAACCGGCAAAUCCCGGGACCCACGAUCGCCGUCUGUCGGAACGACGUCAUCGUGGUGGACCUGCUGAACCACAUGGAGGGCUCGGCCGGUGCGAUUCACUGGCACGGCAUGCACCAGAUGCAGACGCCCUGGAUGGACGGCGUCCCGAUGGUGACGCAGUGUCCGAUUCCGUUCGGGGACAUCUUCCGGUACGUGUUCAAUGCCAGCGAGCCGGGAACGCAGUUUUACCAUUCGCACGCCGGACACCAGAAGGCCAACGGGCACUUUGGGUCGCUGAUUGUGCGAAAUCCGAGUGAUUUGAACAGGGAGUUGUACGAUGCGGAUCUGACCGAGCACAUAAUUAUUAUUGCGGACUGGACGCUGGACAUGGCGGAGAAGUACGUUCCGGGGCUGCAGAGUAGCACCAUCCAGAUGGAUUCGAUUUUGAUCAACGGUCGGGGUAGGCAUUUCGAUGAAGAAGACCAAGAGCUGCAACAGUCUCCACUGACGGUUUACCGCGUAGAGCAGGGCAAACGCUACCGUUUCCGGGUAGUCAGCAGCGGUAGCCAGUUUUGUCCGUUUCAGUUACAAAUUGAACACCACAGGAUGCAAAUCAUUUCGACAGACGGUGGCGCCGUCCAACCGCUGGUCGUGGACACGCUCGUUUCGACGUCCGGCGAACGGUACGAUUUCGUCCUUUCGGCAGACCAAAAACCAGGAAACUACUGGGUACGAGUACGAGCCAUCGGCUUUUGUGACAUCCAGCGGAAGGAGGAGUAUGCCGUCCUUUCGUACUCGUCACCGGCCGACGUCAGCGACCAAGAGUUGGCCUUUCCGACGGUGGAACCUCCUGGCUGGGACGAACCGUAUCCGGUUGGUGUGAUCCUGAACCACCCAAACACCACCUGCUACCAGCCUGGGGAUCAGUCCGUGUGUGCCGCUGACCUGGAAUCCCACGAAGUUCACCGGGACGAUGCCCUGAUCGAUGCGAAGCCGGACAAAAAGUUUUACAUCGCAUUUGACACGUUCCAGGCGGACACCAACCUGCUGUUCUCGGAAAAUGGAUACGUCCGCUACAUGACUGUGGCCCUAACGUUCAACAACAUUGGCAUCACGAACAACAUCAGCAUGGUGAACUUGCCGUUUCCGCCGUUGACCCAACCGGACCUGCUGGCCACGGUGGAGGACCAAUUUUGCAACUCGACCUCCAAACCGGCCCGUUGCCUGCCCGACCGGGCCUGCUUCUGCACCCACCGGCUCCAGGUGGCGCUGAACGACGUGGUCGAGAUGUCACUCAUCGACGAUGCCGACCAGAUUCGUGAACUGUACCACCCGUUCCAUCUGCACGGCCACCGGUUCAUCGUGAUGGGCCAGGGCCAGGUGCCACCCGGGACGCGACGCCAGGUGGACAAGUUUGCGUGGUUAAAGGCCCAAGCCCCCCGUCGUGGUGGCAUGCCGGACAGCCAUAAUCCACCCUACAAGGACACCGUGUCCAUCCCGAGCCGGGGCUACACCAGAGUUCGGUUCCGCGCCGAUAAUCCAGGCUUCUGGCUGGUGCAUUGUCAUUUCGAGUGGCACCUUGGCAUCGGAAUGUCCCUCAUCCUGCAGGUGGGAGAUGUCGACCAGAUGAAAAAGCCCCCGCCCGGAUUCCCCACCUGUGGCCACUACAGACCGGACGCGGAGAGUAUUCUGGGAAUGGUUUGAAUAUUGAGUACAGGCUUACAUUGAGGACAGCUCGAAGCUUGUGUUGUGGGUUGUAAAAUUCAAUUACUAACGGUUAAUUUUAGUGAUGAAAAAGAGUAUGAUAAUUCAACGAGAAAUUAGAAAAUUCGAGGACAAAU